AUGCGACCGCUUCACAUUUUUAAUAGUGGGUGGUUGGUGGCGUUUGGUACUCAGUCCCAAAAAAUAGGGAUCAGAAUUGGGACUUUGGAUAAUGUUCAUACUGUAGUCGAAUGGUUCAAACUCCCGAAUUAUGAUAAUUUGGUCUGCUAUUAUCUGGUAAAAGGCUUUCAUUCAUGUAUUUUUAGUGGCGCAGGUAGUGUUACCUCAGCAGGUCAGUCAUCAAUCGUAUUUUGCAUUUUGUCACCCUGCAAAUGCACUGAAUACUUUUCAGUGGUCAAUUUGCUAAUGCAAAUUGUCUAAAGUUAUAAGAUGUUUUUAACACUUUUUAACUAUUAAUAGGUCGAUGUUGAAGUUCCAGAUCAGCAUUUGUCGCAAAACGAUGCUUACAUCGCAAGAUUACGCUUGAGUAAUGUACGCAUCAUUCGUUUAAAAAAUGGUGUUCGUAUCAAACAUACUGUUGAUCAAAACAUAGAGGAAAAGUUGUCUAAGACAUUUUUCUUCUUACAAGAUGUUAAAGGGAACAUUACACAAGUGUUUUUUCCACACGAUGAUCAACCAGAACUUGUUGGACUAAAGAAAGGUAAUUUUAAAUAUGUUUUAUGACAAUUAUGCAGUGAAAAUGUUGUUGUAAUUGUUUGCCUUUAUAGAACACACGAGCAUUAUCUAUAUUGUUAAAAUACACACGCGUAUAAACAAACAAGGCAAGAUAAAAUUGUCAUACAACAUUUUAUAUUUAUUAGGAAUUGUGAGCGCACUCAAUUUGAAGAUCAAUCCAGACUCCCAAAACAUUUCCUACAGUACAGAAGAGGAAGACGACUCUGGAAUCCAUAUUACUCACUAUGACGUCAACGAAAGGAACUUUACCCACUUGCAUUUAACAAAGAGCUGGAGCAGUGAUGAUUACCUGAAACAUGUGGACGGACGACCGGUAGAAGGCGAGCAACACAGCAAAAGUCAUUAUUAUACCUCUCUGGAAAUUCAAGACGGUACGAUCAAAAAUGUGAAACGAACUCACAUUUCUUAUUUACGGAGCGACAAGCCUUAUAAUAGACCUCUGAACAAGCCAACAUUUCAACAACAACCUGAUUUAGAGCUAAAAGCAUCCGGAGAAAGCCAUCUUAACCUCCUUCGCUGUGUUAAUCCGACUACUAAGAGAAGCAAAAGGUCUUCGGAAAAAGUUCAGUUGUCUUUGGAAAAUUUGAAGCAAGAUACCUUGAGUUAUGAUGGAAUACAUCGCUUAAAAUGGUCUUCGAUUGGUGAUCCCAAUAAACCGAGUCGUACAUUCUACGAGUUACUUCGAUGUUAUUCCGACCCUUCUGUCAAAGAAAGUGAAUUAUCCCAAUGUAUCAAGGAGUUUCAUUUUCUGGCGAAAACGGAUGACGAUAUUUUUGAAAACAUUGUGAACUUGACGUUGGAACGGUCUCAUUUAAAUUUCUCUACUUGGUCAGGGCUAGUUGGGGCUGUUGUUGUCCGAGGAGAUUAUAAAACCCAGACGAUUUUAAGCCGAGCAAUUUUACUUGAGGCACCGCGGCCACUUUCGGACAAGGAACAUGCAAAGCUUCUGGAGGCGGUAUUCUUUAUCCCUGCAGGGCCUUUGUAUCCAGAAUUGUUACAAGCUCUGUUGUCCCUUCUUAAGAAUUCUAGUAAGAGCGAUGAGAUCACUGUUCGCGCUAUGUUAGUGAUUUCAGGUUUAGUGCGCAAGUGCCACGACGCUGGUUUCAAUAGAUCGCUGUCAGAAAGCGUCGCGCAAUAUCUGCACCAAAGUUUCAAGACACAUCCAGCAAGAUUCCAUGACGAAGAAAGCCAGUCACACGAAGGGUAUAUAUGGAGUCAUGUAUGUGCUUUCGGAAAUUUAGGUCACAUUUCAUCUCUUAACUUGAUAACCAGAUAUUUGGAUCAUGAUAGCUCCGGUAUUCGAUAUUUUGCAGUUUCGGCAUUAAGAAAACUCCCAACACAGUACACUGACAGCCACUUACUGCGAAUGCUUCGAAAUGACGAACACGUAACGGUUAAAGCAGGAGUGAUUGAGGUGUUCAUAGAACGGCGUCAGAACCUUACCAACGAAUUGCGCGAUGCUAUCGAAGACGCUCUGUGGAUAUCUGAAGAAGGUGACGAACUAGACUCUAAGAUUACUGAAUUUCUAGAAAACCAUAACGAUAAAUCUCAUCACGUAAUAAAAAAGUUACGAAAACGGAGGUCCAUUAUUCGGCGAAAGAAAAGGGCACUUAUUCCAGCAUUAAAGCCUAGAGAAUUUUCUUUAGGAAUACAGAAGGAAUGGCAAAAAUCAUUUGGGGGUAGUCAAGCUGGUGCGGAAGCCAUCAUGCGAUUCGCAAACCACGUGACACUAAAAAUCGGAAUUUUUGGUGGGCGUUUUGAAGUAAACUUGGAUAAUUUGGCGCACUUUCGGGCUCACGUACUCAAAUGGAGUUUUGACAUAGUCAAUGGAAAAGCGGCAUUCAAGAUGGGUGCAGGAUUUAAGAACGACAUUCCUAAAGAUUUACUUCACACAAUCGCCGAUACUGCCGAUAGUAUUCUAGCCAAGAUUGAUGGAAUUUCAAGUAUUUUUACCCAGCAUAUUCAAAGAUUUCUUGACAAACUGAAGAAGUUUCUACCAUUUAUUCCUGAUAUCUUCGUGAAAUUUAUUUCUGACACUGUCAAAUUUCUUACCCGCACAAUUCAAGUUUCACGCUUUGGAAAAUUCUUUAAUGGAAUUGUAAGAAAUCUUCGAAGUGCGUGGCGUGCAAGUAAAUUUUGGUUACAAAUUGGUGAUUUGGUCAGGAAGCUUUACGUAAACCUUUCUAAUAUAAAUCUAUCGACAGGAUCCUUUGGAGGAGCAUUUGAUUUUCUCAACAAUCUUGUAGAUAUUCUCUCAAGAUUGGGGAUUAGGCUUCCACGAAAUUUUCCUGUAAAUUUCAACAUUAAGGAAUUAUUGACACACAUUAAUGGGCCAUUUCACUCGACUAGUGAUGCCGUAGAGGAUUAUUUUGAAAAGUUAGGUUUCAAUGUUCCGAAAAAUUUUUUUAAAAUGUUUCAUUUUAAUUUUACGCUUAACUUCAUUCCGACCUUGGACAGGUUUAAGAUUUCAACGUUGCGUUUGGCACAUUUUGGAAACAGUUUCCUGGAAAUGCUUUCUGUUUUUCGAGAUAUGUUUAAUAUCGAGCUACCACGACUUUAUCUCCCGGAAUUCAAAGUGGAUGUGAAUAAUAAGAAAGUAAACAAAUUCGACUUUGGUUUGCCUUUUGAUUGGAGAAUAACAUUCAACUUUACGAUUGACUUUUCGGGCCCUGGCUAUUCAAAAUUUCGAAUUUUAUUUCGCUAUAUAACUGACGUUUUUCGAAGUUUAAGUAAUCCUAAUGUAAACUUCGAGCAAUUCUUUAUUGAAAUCCUACCAAAAUUCAAAAUCGAGUUCAAGUCUAAAGAGCUUUUCUGGGAUGAAGACGAUUCCAACAUAGCACAAUGGUUUCAAAUCGUUGUUAAAUUCUUUCACAAUCUUCUAAACCAAUUCGAUUCAAAACUGUUCGACGUUAGCAACACUGUCAACUUUUUAGAUGAACUAUCAACGAUCACUGGAGUCUUCUCAAAAGGAGCACUCGCAAAUGUUUGCAAAUUGCAAGACUUCAUCUUAAAAUCAGCAGGAAAGUUGGAAAUCUUUGGAGAAACCCUUGAAAAAGACAUGAUUCCGGGAAUCAGAAAUGUUAGGAAUGAAGCCCAGCAGGCUAUAGGAGAAGUUAUUAACAUCACUUUGUUUGUGGACGAGUUUAUUGACGAACUAAAGCAAAAUGUAGCAAGUACUGCCAGGACCUUUGUUGAGCAAUAUUUAACCGCAUUGGAAGGCUCCUUGGAAAAUGUGAAAGAACUUGCAGAUAUUGCUGUAGCGUUUUCGUUGAAGUCAGCAGACAAAUUGACCGGAAUUUGUCAGACGGCUGCGAACAUAUCUGGUGAUAUCUUGGAUGAAAUUCAGUCCGCAGCACAGAACGCCGUCAACGAAAUAGCUGAUUUUGUUACUUCUAACUCGGAAGGAUUUGUUGUUUUUAUUGAUCAAUUUGAAGCAGUUGUAAAAAACCUGGAAAAAUGGCACCAGGAAAAUUUAGCGAAGCACUUGGGUAAGGUUGCAAUUGUGAGUCAAACCAUCGAUGAGUUCUUAUCAUUAAUCAAAACCGAAAACAACGUUUUCUCCAACAUUCAUAACGUUUUCAAGAAUAUAAACAAUGUCAUUCAACACCUGAACAAUUUACCCACGCAUGCACAGAAAGCGUACGGUUUUGCAGAUACGAUUAGAGAUUUUGCAACAAAUGCGAAUCGUUGGGAAAUCGAAUUUCAGAAACUUAACAUCCGACAGCGAUUUAAUUUGGACUUCGAUAAAAAGUUACGGAACCUUUGCGAUCAAUUUCAUUCUUUUGCCGAAGAUACCAUCAAACAAUUUCAGGGCGACAAUCUAUUUAAAACUUUCCGUGAAUUUGUUACAAAGCAAACUGAUUCUCUUAUCUCGCAAUCUGUUAACAAAUUAGAUUUUUUGAAAACACCGCUUGAGGAAGGUCGAAGAUAUCUAGAAGAAAUGUCGACCUCAGUUGAAGAAAUUGAAGCGGUUUUAUUGGAAUUGCGACCUUUUUCUAAAAAUUUUUCCCCCGUGUUGCAAGAAAUCCGCCAGUUACCAACUUGUUCCGACAUUUAUUUUACCUUCGAUCAGAUAAUCGCAAGUUGUGGGAAAGAAGCAAUAUCAUUCGGGAAAGAGGCCUACCAAGAUUAUACCACCAUGAAAUCUGAAAUGAAAGCGUUUUUGGAACUGUUGCCAGACGAAUGGGAAAGUUUGAGUUCACAAAAAUGUAUUUCUGGAGGAACGUGUUUGUAUAACUCAUUGAAAAAGCAAGCUCAAAGUGUUUCAAAUAAAAUGGAGAAACUUAAAAAUAAGUUCGAUGACUUUAACUUUGACGAUAAACUGGAAACCUGUAAGGAGAGUGUGGAAGAAGUAUCACGAAUUUUCGAAAAGAUAAAGAAUAUUUCAAUAUUGGUCAAGGAAUUUUCAUUUAAAGAAGAAAUCAUAAAGAUUAAGGAUUUGUCUGGAAGAAUCACGGGCAAGUUUUUUGGCAAAGACGACGGGCAUAAAAUUCAAGUAGGUUAUAUACAUUGUUUUCAUUUGUAAAGAUGCUCUGCGACAGUGUAGUUGGCAACCCAUUAUAAUAAUAAUAAUAAUAAUAAUAAUAAUAAUAAUACUUAAUAUUUGUUAAUAUUGGGCAAUUAACAUGUUAUAGUAUAUGAUCAAAUGCGCAUCACAAAACAUAAUUACACUAAUUAAAAAUUAUUCUAUGCUGAAUGGUUACUAACUAAAAAUAUAAACAAGGUUAUAUAGAUUAUAUGUUACAUGAAGUAUUUACAUUAAAGGCUUCUUCAAAAUAAUAAGUCUUAACUAAUUUCUUGAAAAUACUAAAGUCAUGCAGAUUAUUACAUGCAUGAGUGUCUCUCUUCGGUAUUGCUUGUUCGUUUUUAGGCUUGGCUCUAUUUUCUGGUUUGGCUCAAUCACUAGCCAAAAUCAAUAACGAAAUUUUAGUAAGACAACGGCAAGAGCAGAUAAACAAAUAAUAUAAUUGUUAAAAGCGGACACACUAAACUCCAGAUGUAUUGGAAAUAGUUUGUUUAUUUGUUUGUUUGUUUAAAAAAUUUAUUAUGUUAAAUCACAUGACGCACUUCAGUCAUUAAAAUAUUUGUUUUUCGUACCUAGGUUAAAAGACGCUCUGCUGAACAGUCUGUUACGAUAGAGAAAAGUGUGGCCGAGCACACAAGAAAAGCUGACAAAACUCAAGAAAUGAUUAAGACAUUGGUCGAAGAGGUUUUCACUGGUUUGGAAAAAGUAUCUCGUGACAACAUUGAGCCUUUCCAAACAAAACUUGAGAAUGUACAGCAACAACUUAACGUUUCGUUCCAGUUGGGAAAAAAUUCCGCAGUUAUAGGUCCAAUUCUACAACCGCUGCAAUCAGUUGUUGAAACUAUGAUAGGCUUCAUCCAAUCGUGCGAUAACAUAGUUGAACCACUAAAAGCUACGAUUUUGGAUGUCCUUUUUAAAACAUUGGAUUUCACUGAAGGUUUUGAAGAAAAACUGAAACACUAUGGCGAAACUGUAACAAAGGUGUCGGAGGAAGUGAAUGAACUCAUUGACAAGGUUACGUUAUUCCUUAAUACAGUACAGUUACGUCAAAAAGGACUGGAUAUCCGGGAGUACAAAAAGUGGGAUCAGUAUCAACACUGUUCUGCUGAAGUUUGCCUAAGAUUAAUACGAAGAUCUUCAGCUCUUUAUCUUGGCACGACAUUCUUGUGGAAAUAUCCGCACUUGGACGAUUUAUCAUCGACGUCGUUGUCAAAAACUGGAAAAUGGCUUGUACCGGGACUCUUUGAUGAUUACAAGAUUCGCGGUAUAGCUCAAUUGUCAAAAAAUGAAAUGCUACUGGGAAUGCGUGGUGUCGCAGCUAAUGCAGAAAAAGCUUCAUUGUUAGUAGUGGUUGACGUAACAUCUUCAAACAGCGAAAUCCUUAAAAUUGUUCAAUUGGAAAAGGAUGGUGUGCCUUUUCGAAGCGACAUGGGCGGUGUAGUCGUUGUUAAGUCGCUCAUCUGGAUAAGUAGUGGUGAAAGUCUUUACAGUGUUCGCUUAUCGGAUAUACGUAAUACCAUGUCUUCAAAACGUCCUUCAACAAUUAGCAUUACUAAGGCAGAAUCUCUUCAAUAUGAAGUCAUAUCAGUUUCAUACGAUGACCGUGACAAUGAAAUGUGGGUUCUGGAAAGCAAUAAAGCGCACAGCUAUGACAUCGGCACGUUUGGAGGUAUAUUGGGAGAGAAAAAUUCUGUAGAUUUUGCUAAGGAUGAACGUACUCGUGGAUUUACCAUUGUGCGACAGUUUGGUAUCAAAUACGCAUGCGUAGCCAAGUGUUCUUUAAUUGCAGGUUAUCAGUGCAGAUUGGAAUUCCAUAAAAUCGACGCGACGCCGGCAGUCCUUGACGAGUCAAGUAUUCUAAGAGUCGUUCGAACACCUACGGGUCUCGAGGCGAUUCAAACAGUUGGCACAGAGCACGUUGUCGCGGCGUUUUCCAGCGGAACAUUCUCGGAAAAGGACAGAAUUCAGAAAAUUGGGGGAGAUUUCGAAGACCGAUAUUUUAAAUUUAAUGUACCAAUUCUAAAAACAAACUUUUCAGUAACCGAGAAUUGUCUUUACUUCAAAGUGGGUUUGAAUUGGUUAAUCCCUCGACAGCCUUUAUUUCCAUUCCGUAAUAUGAUAUGCGGUACCCGUAGGAAGCGAAGUGCUCUAGAAAAAGCUCUGAAUAAGGAUGUAUACACAGAAGAAUUGGAAAAACAUCACAGAACCAGACGUCAAACGACGGAAGAAAUAGCUUGUAUUUGGAACAUUGAAGGAAAACCUUUUACUGGUAAUUAUGAUAUUUAGCAUAAAUUUUGCAUAUCAAAUAAGCUUUCGCGCGUUCAGAUUGGCUAGUUGACUAGUAAAUCUGACGCAUUAUUUACUAGCAGACAAGUAUAAAUGCUUUUCAAAAAGAAUGAUUCGGCAAAUUUGCCGGUUUCAAAAUCGACAAAAGAUUGAAAAAAAAUUGAAAACAAUCGUCCCCAGAAAACAAAAUUAAGAAGCACAAAAUGUUGUAUUUAGCUUGAAAGGUAGGAUUCCUUUAUUAUAUUACUGUGCCAAACAUGUUCACGAACAAUUUAAAACUUAUUUAAAACCGGAGUUUUUGUUUUCAAACAAAUAGCAAAAAGUAUCCUGACUGUUGGGAAAAACUUUGCUGAGAUAUUCUUUUAAAUAAUUAAAUCCAUUUUUUUUUGCAUCCUAAAAAAGUAGAUUUCUCAAUUUGUACGAUACUGUUUCUUUUGGUAUGUCAUGUUUUCAUUGUUGUGUAUGGCGUUCUGACCGCUGUAUAGUGCUUUCGAAACUUGUAAAGUGGAAAGUGUAUUAAAACUUUAUUUCGAACAAUAUAGGGUUUCACAUUUCAUUUUACCAAAUUUCUCAGCUAUUUCCUGAAAAAAUUAAUGCUAAACAGAAACUAUUUUUUAAUUCUAAUUCAGGUGAAAAAGUCAUUCCGUUAUUGUGUUUAUAUUCUAAGCAGAAAUCGAGAAAAACAACUUUGUAAUAAAGAAAUAAAGUCACACAAGAAUUGGAAGCCAUUGUGAAAACGUGUGCGUGCAAGAAACACUGCAACUCUGUUAGUGAAAAUAUUAAUUGUGAACAGACCAAAAACAGUUUUAUUUCUGAAUUUUAAUUGAACUGAUAUUUGGCCGAUAUUUUGCUUUAUUCAUUAAAAAUUUAUAUUCAAAGAAUUAUUCGCCUCCGGCUCUGUGAUUACGGUGAAUAUUCAACUUGACUUCGUCUCGGUGAAUAUUCACCGGUAAUCACUUCGCCUUCGGCGAAUAAUUGUUAAAUAUUUUUGAUUAUUUUUGAAUUAUUAAAUUUAAACAAGCUUUAUGAAACGAUGCAAGAGCGCUGUUUUGGUAAGUAGUUUUUUAAGUGUCCAUAAGAAUUCUGUUUGUCGAAGUUGAUGAAAGGAUCACUAAAGUCGGACAAAAACCCAAAUACUUUGUUUUACGAAGUAAAAGCUGAAUUAUAUUUUGUUAGAACAAGUUAGUGACUUAGAGACUGCGUGAGAUUACCGUAAGAUUGAAAACUAAAAACGACGUUGAAGAUAAUCGCACUGAGUUUCUGAGUUUCUAUGUUGAAAUAGUUUUUCAAGAUCAAAUACUUUGAAAACUUGUAGACGAAAAACAGGGAGAGAAAGUUAAAUGUUCAAGUUAAGAUGUUUAAAAGCCACUAAAGUGCCUCAAACAAGCAUAUCUGCAUAUCCCUAAUCAAAAUAAUAUUGACAUGAAGAGUUUCGUCAGUUUGUUAGUAAUCUUAGUCUAAUCUAGUCGUAGUUUGUUCGGAAUCAUAAGCCUUGGUAUUUAUUCGUAAUUGGUGAGCUUAAGCAAGCGACGUUUUUGUCAAUACGGACCUCGAAAAUUCGUAUAACUAAUUUUGACGGUAGUUUGCAUAUAGCACUUUUGUAAGAAAACAAAAAAAUAGGUACAGCACGCGUACAUGUAUCUGCGAAAAAACUUGAUUCACAUUUUGUAUUUUCUUGACAGAAACUGAAUAAUGAAGAUGGCAUGGGACAAUUUAAAUAUUUCAUCACUUAUUAUAAUAGCAGAUAAGAUUUAAAACAGGGCUGUACACAGCGGGGAGGGCAGCAGGGCAAGUGCUCCCCCCCCCACCCCCGCACCGAGAAAAUUUAACUAACUUUAUAAUGUGAUUAUGAUUGUAACAGAUAAUUAUGCAGUUAGGAAAUAAAAAUUUCAUGCAAACAUGCAUAUUCAAAGUGUCUAUGCAGCCGGCUAUUUUUUAUACUGUCACCUGUCAAUUCAAUCCAUACUCAUCAAAUUUUCAAAACUUUAUUGUAAUCAUAUGAAGCAAAAGUUAUGUCACUUGUUGUUUACACUUGCCAAUGUUAACUGUUGAGUAGCAUACACAAAAUAUUUGGUGAACAUGUCGAAGACCACUGAAUGUUUUGAAGGUUUUGAGUGAAGUAUAUAAUUAAAUUCCACUUCUGUGCGCAGUUAAUGAUAUAACACACUGUUCGGUUUAACACGUACAGCACAUUCACACAAAAACAAUUGUGUUGUGGGAGAUUAUCGGUUUGAGUAGAAGGUAUCACAAGUUUAGUUUUGUACAUUGUGUGCCAUUGAUCAAAUCCACCAUAUAAUAUAUGAUUACUCAUUGUAGCUGUUAAGUUAUUUUCCAUACUGAUGAAUUUAGGUAAGAUUGUCUUGCAAGUUGGUUGUUCUGACAAAAUUAUCCAGCCAAUAUCCAGUACAUUUACUCUUCAUUCUUGUAUUAAUCUCUAAAGAAAAAUAUUUAUGUUAGAAAGCAAAAUGACAAUGUAAUGAGGCUCGGGAGGGUGAAGAUUCUUUUAUUUGAAAAUGUUUGUAAAAAUUUUGUUUAAUUAACUCUAAUGUGUAAAACCAAAUAAAAUGUAUAAGUAUUUUAACUGAUUACAUCUUCAACCUUUGCCCUAACACUACAUUUGUUGACAGCUUUAUAGUUGGAGUGUUGUUUUGAACAGAGUUACGGAGUCAAUAUACAGAUAUACAGGACCAGGAUUUAAUUCAAUAUCUCCUGAGAACUGUCCAAUAGGUUCCUUUCAUAUUGUUAAUUGGCAAUAUUGCCUGCUAUGUUUUCACUAUUUAAAAUAUUACAGAAGUCACAGAAGGAUUGUUUUUAAUACUGUAUAAAUCUUUUUGUGAACUAUGUUGACAAAUGGCUUAAAAUAUCCUCGAAAAUAUUCAAUAUUUUAUACAGUGUAAUAUAUUAAUAGAAAAAUUCCAGAGUGCAUUCCAUGUAAACUCUACGCCGAAGAUACGUAUAUAGAUAGUAUAGUAAAUAUUUGCCGAACUGGCGAACUUAUGUAUUAUAAAAUAUGUGGGACAUAUAUUUGCACAAAUUUGGUAUUUAAAUAUAUAAUAUGUGGUAUUUGACUACUUACCAGAUGAGGAUAAGAUUCCAUGUUGAUAAAUAACUUCGGAAUAAUAUCGCAAGUAGAAUGGCGACAAAACAAGACAGUCAAUUCAAGAUAAUUAUAAAUUGAUAAAAAUAUCAAGAUAUUUUUGAAAGAAUAACACGAUUUAUACACGAGGCCUGACGAGGCUAAAGUAUGCCCGUUCGACGAGGCCUGACGAGGCUAAAGUAUGCCUGUAAACAAUUGAUGUAAACGAAUCGCUGAUUGGCUUAAAUUGGCUUAAAUUACAUAAGCUCGUCGCUGAAUGGCUAUGUGUUAACAUACGGUACGGUACGGUCACGUUUGCGAUAGCAUAUAUCUGCUUCGCAGAUACAAAAACUUUAGAAAUCUUAUGUUUUUCCAUAUGUGUUGAAGAUUACCACAAACUGACACCAACACAGUUUUUAAUCCAGUCCCUCCUUGGCACUCUGACGUCCGUACUGACAAGAACGUUGCUUAAGUUGGCCUUGGUAGUAUGCCUUCGCGUUUGUGAUGCACAUGUUUUGCGCAUUCUCUAAGGCACCGCAUUCCAAUGCUAUUACCUGGUUCAGUUGUAAAACGUAAGAUUUGUUUUCAGUUUGUGCAAGUUUGAAAAUUUUCGUCCAAAAGCCAAAAUCCCUAUCUUUCUCAAAACCUAAGGAAAUUGUUAAACUAGUAAUGGCUCACUGAAUUUAUACUACUUUGAGUUUCGUAAGUCAUAUUAAUGGAUAUUUAUAGUGUCUCUUAAUGUUUUUAUACAGGGUCUCUUCCAAUUGUUCCCGAAGUGGGCUUUACCGUUCCAGUAUUUGGCAUACCCGUGUACAUUUUCUUCGGAGCAGAUUUGUAUUACUACGCAAAUUUUAGAAUAUCAUUGUGUUUGCGAGACAGAGAAGUGCGUCUUGCUCUCAUACCUGGUGUGUGGCUUACUGUUUAUGCUGGGGCAAGUGUGCCAUUGAUAAUCGUAGAAGCUGGUAUUACUAUAGAGGCGACACUUUUGCAAACUUAUCUUAUCCCAGAACUAUCUAUACGUAUAGACAAAUGGCCAUUAAACGCUUGUAUACAGCUUAAAAUGCAAAUGACUCCCUUAAGUAUUCGUGUAUAUCUUUGGUAUCGCUUUAGACUUUGUGUUGAAAUGAGUUACAAGCCGUGGUUUUCGUUGCGUAUCUCAAUUAAUUGGUGCUCAAAAAAUACUUUUGCAGAAUGGACAUGGUCGUUGCGAUCUGUUCAUGCAACUUUAUUCGACAAUUGUGAAACCGACGUCGAUAAUACACGCCCUGGCGUAGGGGUAUGUGAUGCCAAACAGGUCGGUAAUAAAAAAUACAUCAUUCAAUGGCAAGGUUUUACCGAAGAUACGAAAAUUGAAGCUUACAUUGUUGCCAUCGGCUCAAUCGUUGGAUCUGGUGAUGACCAUUAUUCUAUACACGGAGUACGCCAAAGUCUUACAGUACCCGAUCUGGAAAUUAUGCAUGGCAGAUCUGUUUAUGUUGGUGUGUACGCAAUUAAUGGUGGUGGUCUGAAAAGUGAUGUCGCUCACUGUCCAGUAUUUACUGCCAAACGCAAAUCACCCGUUAUAACUUUCAUUAACGACGGGGAUUCUUCGACCGACAUUGAUUAUCAAAAGGAUGCCACCAGUCUUGCGAUAAAAUAUGGCUUUGUUGGAACACUUGCAGAUAUGUCUAGCAUUAAAUGGGGGAUCUCAUCAUCAGCAACUUGUACAUUUUCUGAAAGUGAAGCUGAUGUUCUUCCUUUGCAAAAUAUUGGUGAGAGUUAUACUAUUAAGAAGACGGGGCUAAAUCUGACAAGUGGAUCAAAGUUUUAUACCCGGAUAAUUGUCGUUAAUCAGUUAGAGCUAGCUACAGUGGCUUGCAGUGAUGGUGUAACCAUAGACACUACCCCACCAGUACCACGUAACUUCACAGUCGGAAAAGAGGGUACAAAAUUUAUCCCUUCUGUUCGUCGAAUUUCUGGGAAAUUUGAACGCUUUAUAGACAACGAGAGUCCUAUAGUUCACUACGAGUGGAAACUAAUUGACGAGAACGUUGGGAAGGAAGUGACAUCAUUCACAACAAUACCGUUGACACAAACGUCUCCAUUGCUUGAUGGCUUAAGUUUAACGUCUGGAGGAAGAUAUACCGCCGUACUGAAAGGCACAAAUGCUGCUGGCCUUUAUGCAGUUGUUAACGUUUCUGGCAUUAUUCCUGACGAUACGAUUCCAGUAUGCGAGGGGUUACCGCGUGACGUAAUUGGUUUCAACGAUGUUGUUGACAGAGAUUUUGUUUCCCGUCUUACUAAUCUCACAGCGAUGUUCUCCUGCUAUGAUGACGACAGCGGUAUCCAGUCGAUCCAAGCUGGCGUAGGAACAUACCCGGGCGGAGGAAACGUCCACUCAUUCGUCGAUAUAAGAGAUUUAUCACUAAAAGUGUCAGAAGACCUCAAGACCACGUGGGUCACAUUUGUUAAUGUUAACAUAACGAAACUGAGCAGGUAUCACGUCACAAUCAAAGUCCAAGACAUGGUAGGUUACCGAAGAACCAUUUCCUCAGACGGAAUACUCAUGGAUACAACAGCGCCCACAGUUUUAUCGACUUACAUCAGAGAUGGCCUGCAAGGGAUAGACAGAAAGUACAGCAAGGAAUUCGACGUAUUUCCAGCGCAUUGGGAAAACGCGUUUGCGGACACAGAAAGUGGAAUUGGGGAGUAUUUCGUAGGACUGGGAUCGAUUCCAGGUUUAGAUGACAAGUCAACGUUCAGAAGUUACAAUUUGAGUACGAAAGCUUCACUUCGUGGCAAUAGCCUUGAGAGUGGAGUGACGUAUUAUGUUACCGUCAUUGCAUGCAACAGAGUGGGUAUGUGUGUAAAUGGCAGCAGCAAUGGAGCAGUAGUAGAUUUUAUUCCACCACAUACUGGUUUAGUCAUAGCUGGUCAGAAAGGACCACCACUGGAAAUAACAUGGAUUAACAAAGCGGCAUGGGCUCGAUGGCAGUGGUGUACAGCAGAUAGAAGUAAACUUAGUGCUUCGUCUGAUACUUGCGACGUGUUAAGUUUCUAUGACGAACAUUCAGGAAUAAGGCGCUUUGGUUUAACUGUGCUUUCUUAUGACACAGCUAAAAUGCUAACACCGAUAAAAACCGUAGGUCGUGUUGUUUCCGGGGGAGUUCAUGUGGUGAUGCCAAACGGCGUGUUUUCUGUAGUUGUCGAGGCCGAAGAUCGUGCUGGAGGUAGCUCUAAUGCCAUAUCUAAAUCUUUCAUCAUUGAUACCACCCCUCCAAAGAUUGUCAAACUUUACCAUGGCAAGGAAAAUGAACAAAUUAUGUAUACUCGUGCGAAAGACUAUCUGUUCACGGCAUUCUUUGAAAUUACUGAAGAUAUUUCGGACGUUGUUUCGUACAGUGUUGGCGUGUCUACUUUUCCCGAAGGAGAUGACAUUAUAUCCUUCACGAAGUAUGAAAUCAAUGUCGUUGCAAACGUCAUUCGCGUUAAUUGGACAUCAACGGACGUAAAAUCUUUAAUAAACGGACGGAAGUAUUACAUAACAGUUAAAAGCGCAAAUGCUGCGGGAUUAUUUCUGAUUGUUUCAUCGCCACCUUUAGUAUUCGACAGCAAACCUCCAUUGGUAUCUCGCGUUUCUGAUGGUUGGGGUAUUCAGGAUUCUCAAUAUCAUCCAUUUGCAAAUACUUACCGCAUGCACUGGCACGUAGUUUCCGAUAUUUCUGGAAUCGAGAAAAUUGAAGUAUGCUUAAGUUCUAUUCUGGAUGAAAACAAUUGUAAUCUACAUCCCAAGGUAACAAUUUCUACAAAAGCACUGUCGCAUACGUUCACAAAUAUAUCCCUACACUCAGGCAUAUAUUGUUAUGCUUACCUUGGAAUAGAAGACAAAGCUGGUAACUAUGCCAACUUCUGGAGCAAUGGAGCAUUAACUGACACCAGUCCGCCUAGAAAAGGCACAGUAACAGACGGACAAGGAGGGAAUGAUAUAGAUUACCAGCUUGAAACAAAUAUUCUUUAUGCAAGUUGGUCAGGAUUUUCUGAAAGUGAAACUAUUAUUCAUCACUACGAGUUAGCAUUCGGCACAAGUCCAAAUGAUUCCAACGUUCAACCAUUCACAGAUGUUGGUUUAGUUACUUCAACAUCCAGCUCAAAUCUCUUAGUUUCAGAACUGAAGAAUGGUGUGGUAUGCUAUGCGCAAGUUGUCGCUUACAAUAUAUUGGGAAUUAGAAGCGAUGUUGCAAUCUCUGAUGGAGUCUUGAUUGAAAUUACGCCUCCUGUAUUUCUAUCGCCAGUAUCCGAUGGAACCGUAUUUGAAUUUGACUUUGAUUAUUCGAGAAAUUUAACGUCGUUGUCAGCAAACUGGAAAUGUGAAGACAAAGAUAGUGGGUUGAGACAGGUCUUUGUCGGAAUUGGCACACAACCUGGUAUACAAGAUAUUGCUAAGUAUCGUGCCGUAUUACCGUACCAAAACUCCUACAACUUUGAUGGCUUGAACCUGACAAAAGGCCUUAGGUAUUUUUCAUCAGUGAAAUGCGUAAACAACGUGGGUUUACAAACUUCAAUGUCUAGUGAUGGUAUUAUUAUUGAUUCUACCCCACCAAUAUUGAAAUAUGUGUACAUCGGCAAUAACCGUUAUCACGAUUCGCCUAGGACUAUUGGACUAGGUUCUUUCGUGACUGGGAACUGGAAAUUUAAAGACUUUGAAAGCAAUAUCGUUAGAUACACUGUUUCUAUCCACCACAUGCAAAAUAACACACGGGUCGUCGAUCCAUGGGUUUUUCCUGGACAUAAAAUCUCCGAAUUUUUCAAUCUAAGACCGAGCGACUUAACGCAUAAAGAACGCUACGUGCUUUCGGUCAUAGCUUUCAAUGGCGCAGAACUUAGUGCUACUGGUGUCAGCAACGCUUUUCUUGUUGACGGAACUGCACCUAUUUGUACAAGUAUAUAUGAUGCCACUCUAGACGGGGCUAGAACCAGCUUUAGCGGCCUAACUUCUAAGUUGUUUCUUUAUGCUAAUUGCAAGGAUGCAGAAACUGGAAUUUUUAAAUACGAGUUUGCCAUAAAAAACCUUAACACAUCCCAAUACGUUGUUCCUUUCCAUAGUGUGAAAACGAAUCCCGAUUUAGCAUCUCUCGUUGUCGUUGAUGGUCUUGGAAAACAACUCAUUAAACUUGAGCAGGGUGGCCACUACCAAACUGGUCUUCGGGUCACCAAUAACGUUAACCUUACCAGCCAGUACUGGUCCUCUGGUGUUACAAUUGAUACGACUGCCCCCACAUUUCGUAGCAUAAUAUCAUCAUACAACGUUCACGGCGACGCAUUGCAAGUUGUCUGGGAGCUUUUCGAUCAUGAGAGUGGUAUAAAAGCCCUGUACUGGUCUCUUAAUGCAUCUCCGAAUGUUGAAAAUCCUGAGAAUUUCACUGAAAUUUCACAAAAUGCUGCAGAACUCCUAAUUUCUGACAUAUCUUUCAAGCUUGGUGAAACGUACUAUGUUUAUCUUAAAGCCAUUAAUAGUGCUGGAAUAUCAACAUUGUCUGUGUCAAAUGGUGUGGUUGUUGAUCAAACUCCACCUUCAGCUGGCCGUGUGUCGGCAGACUUUGUGCUACCAGAAAAUUACGAUGGUAGUCCAAACAUGACCGACGGUGCUUCAUUUCCUGUCAGAUGGAGUGGCUUUAUCGAUCAAGAAAGUGGUAUGAGAUCGUACAAAUGGGCCGUAGGACUGGUUAAAGAAGAAACAAUUGCACUUGGUGACAAUUUUUUCACCGAUCUCCAGUUUACAGGCUCCACUAAUAGUUAUAUUAUUAAAGAUCAGACCAUACACACAGACACAAUAUACUAUAUAUGUAUAAGGGUGACAAAUGGAGCUGGACUGUCCACUACAAAUUGCUCAGAUGGAGUACGAGUUAAGCUUGGAAAGCUAACGCCUGGUGUGGUAUCCGACGGGCCUUUAGACCAAGAUAUUGAUUUUCAACUUGAUGAUAAAGCAUUAUGGCUUCAUUGGGCAGGAUUUGAAGACCCGGUAUAUGGACUAAAACAGUAUGCUUGGUGUUAUGGACUAUUUGCGAGCAUCGAGAACGACACGUUUAACUGUUUGAGUUCGCUAUCAUCUGUUAAUCCGCCACUUAAAGUUACCACGCACAGAUUUCACAACGUUUCCUUGCUACAUGGACAGCGUUAUAACGUUAAAGUCGAAGUGGUAAAUCAAAGAAACGAAAUCGUAUCCGCCAUCUCAGAUGGUUUUACAGUUGACCGUACAGCACCUAAUGCGGGGAUAUUGCAGAUUGCUGGUUCAAAAGGCACAAGGACAAUUUAUAUUACCGGGACUUCUGCCCCAAUCGUGUCAUGGUCUAUGUACGAAAGCGAAAGCGCGCUGCAGGAAUUUCAGUUUGGUAUCGGCACCUUUCCGAAUUGUGAUGAUUUGUUUUCCUUUAGCAAUCUUAAUGGAAGUACGUAUUUCCUGAAUCUGGAUGAAAUAAAUUUCAACCUAACUCACGGGCUUGUGUUCUACGUCACCGUACUUGGAGUGAAUGUUUUGAGACUCGAGACGAGAAUAAGUUCCCCGCAAAUAGUUGUUGAUUGGCUGCCACCAACGCCAAACGUCGUCCGUGAUGGUAAUGGAACGGAUGAUAUUGAUUUUCAGUUGGAUGUAGAACAUAUAUCGGCCAAUUGGAAUGAAUUUCCUGACGCAGAAAGUAACAUUGUGGAGUAUUUAUACUGUAUCGGGAAUAGACCAGGUAAAGAUCGAUUUGUGAACUUUAUGAAGUUUAUUCAACAUGGAUUCUCGUCACUAUAAUAAUUACAAAAUUCUCUUCCCACGCGUGUUAAAAUUAGAUUAAAAGUAAUAAGAAAAAAUAAACUAUAAAACUAAGACGUAGCUGUUGAAUAAAACCAAUUUACUAAAAAUAUUGGCUUCACAGUAUAGCAACUGAUUAUUUAAAUCAUGCUUUUGAAACAAGAAAAAUUUGUGCAUGCUUUUGAUGAGUCAUCCAAGGAAUUCCAGGCAACUGCUCCACUAUAGGCAAGACUAUUUGGUUUUGGAAUCCCUAAAUUUAAAAUACUACUUCUCACGUUGUAGUUAUGCAAUUCAUCCCUCCUAGUAAACUGGGAUGUCAGAUUGGAAGGUGCAUCAUUAUUACUACCUUAAAAAUCAACACUGUUUUAAAUUAUUUGCCUUCCAACCGUGAUCUAUUUUUUCCAAAACCUCAAUUGAGUAUUAGUUUCAAAGUCAGAGCGCUUUAUAAUCCUACCGGUGCGAUUUUGCAAUUUCUGAAGAUUUUCUCUAUAAAACAUUUACCACAACUGCUUUACAUUGGUUAACUCGGUGCAUGGCCAUGGUUUUGAUCAGAGUGACCAAAUUGUUCACGACAUGUAUUGAGCAUAUUGUAUAUCAGUAGCAAAUGCAUGUAAUGGAAACAUUCGGCAUUAUUUGCAUGCUUUCAUUUGUAGCCUAAUAUAAAAUACUAAAAUGAAAUUAAUACAAAUGUGAAGUUAAAAAUAUUCUCCCUCUUUAAUGUGUUUUGCCGUAUGUUUAUAUGCUUAGUUCAAAAUAAUAAAAUUUAAAUAUAUAUAUUAUUGACAUGCUUAUAUAAGCUAAUAAUAUACAUAAAGAUAUUACUCGACUGUGAUUGGUUGAUUUCAGUGCAGUUAAUCCCAAACAGCAGUGCAAUUUUCUGUUAUCACAGUGCAAAAAUCCGUAACAAACUGAUCUGAUUGGUGGAAAAACAUUGUGAUGAUUAAUUAAAUCAACCAAGCAGUUUAAAGCGAUUUAGUUUGAAGAAGUAACGGUCACAGAUUGCUUCAAAACAAAACAAAUUUGGCGCCGCGCUACACAAAGUAAAAGUUGCCUUCGCGUGGAAAAUAUGGCUUUUAUCUUUAUUUUUAAAUGGAAAAGCAUUUACCUUAAACAAGACUAACAAAAGUUAUAUAGUUGAGUGGAAUUUUCAAGCUGUUAGCGUUGUAUAAUGUGACAUAACAAAGCCAGGAAAACUUUUCCAGUGGAAUGUUCGCUAUAAACGCGUAAGAUAAAACUACAAUUGUCUCGAACAUUUUUUAUGUAAAUUAUUAAUAAGUAACAGCAUGGUUUCUCGUGAAUUUGGAUAAACAUGCACUCGUGAGUUUUUCAAAGAUCUCAAAUAUAUUUUGAGGUCUUUGAAAAACUCACUCGUGCUUGUUACAUCCAAAUUGCACUCGAAACCAUGCUAUUACCUGUACUUAUUAUAAGCUUACAUUUUGGGAAAUUUGCUAUUAAAUAUAUCUAUUUUGUAUGUAUUUAUUCUGUAGACUUUUGCAAUGUUCUAAACCGAACCUCUGCUGGCCUGGACUUACGUGCGGAAGCAGAAGUACAACUUCAACAUGGCCAAACCUAUUUUGUAACCGUAACCGCCAUUAAUAGUGCUGGGCUGUCAACAACUUCUUCGUCCAGCGGAGUAACAAUAGACACAUCUCCGCCUGUUGUCCAGGGUUUCUCAAUAAUGUCUUCGAUCACAAUUGAUCAAAGCACUACAAACGGAAACAUUACUUCUGACUUCAAUGUUAUUUCAACAAACCAGUGGCAGAUAUCCGGCACAUGGGAUUACAUCAUCGACGAAGAAAGCGAAAUAAAACGCGUAUCAGUAUGUGCAACCACGAUUAAGAACGACUGUGAUUUACUUACAUGGCUGGAUGUUGACCCCGACUCUUUAGUUUUCAGUCUUGAUUUUGAGAAGCCAUUGCAAUCUGGAACCGUCCUUAUGCUAAGACUUCUGGUUGAAAAUGGAGCUGGUUUGAAGAUAAUCAUGAAUUCAAAUAGCGUUCUUGUGGACAACAGUCCUCCUGUCAAAGGUUUAGUCAAAAUUGCCGGCAAAGAAGGUUUGGUUUUGUUGCAGGAAGGCCAUUCACUGUCUGCCUCAUGGUGGGGCUUUAAAGACUUUGAAACUGGUGUUAAGGAAUAUGAGUGGAAAAUUUGUUUUGCAAGCAAACUUUCUGACUGUGUUACUGAGUUUGUAAGUGUUGGUUUGAAGAAUAGCGUUGCUGUAGGUGAUAUAGGGAUCCACCAUGGCAAAGAAUACAAAUUUGUGGUCAAAGCUGUAAAUUUUGCAGAACUACAAACUGAAUCAGUUUCAAAUUCGUUUAUUAUUGACAAAACUGCUCCAGAAACAGGCAGAGUAUUCACUGGACCAAACCCAUCUGAAGACAAGCAUUAUCAAAGUUCACCCAGAGACAUUUCUACCAGUUGGAAAGGUUUUCAAGACAAAGAAAGUGGAAUUUCUCGCUAUGAAAUCUGCAUCGGUUCAUUUCCGGGUUUUUGCGAUGUUUUGCAGUUCAAGAACGUUGGCUUGGCUACCAGUACGAUUGUGAACAAUUUAAAUCUUACUCACAAUACCACAUACUAUAGCACGGUACGUGCUAGAAAUAAAGCUGGUCAGACCGGGUUUGCUUCAUCAAAUGGAAUUAUUAUAGACCUUACGCCACCAAUUGGUACUAUUCUUCGAGACGGCGAGGAUUUCGACACAGACGUUUCGGUACAGGACAUAUUUGUUAGCAUCAACUGGGAUGAAUUUCACGAUCCAGAGUCUGGAAUUUCAAAAUAUGUCGUUUGCGCAGGAACCGUUAUGGGAGCGUGUGAUUUAGUCUCUCCGAUCACGGUGAACAAUGGCCUUGCAGCAAAACUGAAUGUUAAGCCAGCAAUUAGUUCAGGAACUGUAGUGUACUCGACUUUGUGGGCAUAUAACAAAGCUGGUCGAGCGACAGAAGUAUAUUCGGAUGGAGUGCUGGUGGAUACUACGCCACCUAAUGCAGGCAAUGUAAGUAUUAACUACCAAGACUUACAUACAGAAUUUGUUUGAAAGCAAAAGUUAAUGCGACUAAUUCUAUUCUAUUCACUUGUUGGUAUCGUAUUAACCCUUUCUGGUGUUUUAAUUUAAGGAUGUUUGCAUUCCUUUUAGUCUCGGAAAAGUAGUAGAAAUAUUAUGGCUAACUUUUGAAAAUAUUAAUACUAGUACUUUCUCAACGGGUAAGUGGAAAGAUUGAAAACGUAACAUGUAACAUUAAAAAUUUAAUGUGUUUUAAUUCGUUAAUUUAAGUAUAGCAAAUUUGCAUAUUCAUAUACCAAACGUCAAAACCAUACAUAAAUAUAGCAUUAUAAUUAUAAUUAUAUAAUGCCUGAAAUAACUUAAAUCGUGGUUGAAAUAUAACCGUUACAUGCAAUUUACCUUGGUUCUUUGAAGGCAAUUCGCAAUCGAAGCACGGUUUUAGUUAAGCCUCAAUAAGAAUAAUAAGAAGAAUUGAACCAUGUCGAAAUAUAUUUUCAGGUUGAAAUUACGUCACCAAGUACGAUAGGUAGCAACGCAAUAUACCUUAGGAGCAAAGAAUCUUUGUGCGCAUCAUGGAAUACUUUCAAUGAAACUGAAACUGCUAUUAUAAGCUACCACUUUUCUUUGUGCCCGAAAGUGAAGAGGGACAACUGUCCUAUUCCGCGUCGAAAUCUCAACAACAAAACAUCCAUAUGUAUUGAAGAACCGCCUGUUACCGAAGGAGAAAUUUAUACCGUUGUUAUUACAGCAACUAACGAAGUUGGACUCAGUUCCACUUCUAAAUCCUCAAAUUUCGUUGUCGACACAACGGAGCCAGAUGUUGGUGAAGUUAUUGCAUCGAAUCCAUUGGGAGAAAAAUAUAGUUUUAUCUCGUCGAGCAUAUUAGCACGCUGGAAAAGGUUUUCGGACAAAGAAAGUGGCAUUUUAGAAUAUCUUAUCUGUAUUGGAAGGGAACCUCGUUUGUGUGAUUUAAAAGAGCCGAUUUCUGUCGGCACAGCGUCACAGUACACUUGGUAUAAUUUGAGUUUAGUCAAUACUGAAGAGUAUUUUGUUUCCAUAAAGAGUGUAAACAAUGCUGGUCUUUUCACGGAUUAUAUUGCCUCAGACCCAUUUACAGUGGACAGAACAGGUACAUGUAUGUUUUACUAUCUAGACUUGAUUAUCUGAUCAUUUUCAAAUCAUGGUCAUAUGCAGAAAUAGUGUUAACUGCUUAAUAACCGAGAGUAAGCAUAAGUACUGUAAAUUACCAAAUUGAGGCGAAUACAGCGUAUCCACAGUUUGAUAUUAUAUCCACAGCCCACCGGGCACACAACGUUGUUUCAACGUUGAAAUUUGGUAGAAAAAAGGUUGCGACGUCGACAAACGAAUAUCUACGUUGCUCUGACGUUGUUUUACAAACAUUGGUUCAACAGCAGCCAACCGACGUUGAAUUAACGUUCAUUCAUGGUUAAAUGUACGACGUCGAUUUGUGAACCAAUCUCAACGUUGUUUUAACGUGGAUUCAACGUUGAAUUAUGGUUGACGAGAUUGGCAACCUAAUUUCAACGUUGUUUCAACGUCGAAACAGUAACGUUUAUCCAAUUUGCAUAGUCAACCCUUUUUCAACGUCUAUCCAACGUCUGGAAGGUCAUUUCCAACGUUGAUUCAACGUUGGAUAAACGUCAUUUUGCCCGCUGGCAUUCGUCAUUUCACUACUGGCAGCUGACGUUCUUUUUCAAAAACGAAAGGCAAACAAAAAAAUACGAAUGUAGCGAUAUUUUAAUAGCAUCUUUUGUUUUCUUGCAGCUCCUUUUCCAGGUGAAAUUUUCGAUGGUUCCGAAAGUGGUGAAGAUAUUGACUAUCAACAAAAUCGGGACCAGCUAUCUGCUUCUUGGUUUAAAGUUGAAGACCCAGAAAGUGACAUCGUGACGCUUAGUUGGUGUAUCGGAUCAGGGCCUGGAUCAUGUGAUCGAAUAGAAACCACGUUGAUCGAUAUUAAUGCCACCAAAAUUUCUUCAUUCCUCCAGCAACCUGCCGCAGACGGGAAUAAAUAUUACGUCACGUUGACUGCAGUGAAUAGCGCUGGAUUGAGUACCACUAUGGUCUCUGACGGAGUAACAAUUGAUUACACAUCACCUAGUCCUGGAAUUAUUGUUGUUGGUCAGAAUAACAAUACGGAUUACGUUAGAAGUGGCGAUACAAUCUAUGCUCACUGGUCAGGAUUUGAAGAUACAAUGAGCGAUAUUAGGUCAUACAUGUUUGCAUUGUGCGAAAAUAAAAAUAUAUCAACAUGCGCAAUGGAGUUUACAAAUGUUGGUCUUCAAACUAAUAUAACUUUAUCAG